AUGGCAGACAUUUUUCGCUCUGCAUUGAACUACAUAAGCCAAACUGGGAAGUCGGACAAUAACUUCGUGGGGCAGUAUGUCGAGUUAGGACCUGUACAACUCAGAGUACGACGAGUCAUCGCAGAGGGUCAGUCACUGUCUUAUCUUUAUAUUAGAUUUGAAGCUGAUUAUCAUUUGUUCCUCGCCGUGAUUAUUGUUACAGACUUUAUGGUAUUUUAACAAUUGUGUUUUGGUUUUCUAUUGUAGGAGGGUACGGAUUUGUUUUCGUCGCCCAGGACACGUCAACUGGCAAAGAAUAUGCUCUCAAGGUACAACUGAAUUUCACUAUUUAUUAAGUAUACAUCCUGUCUUUCUGUCUGUUAUCAAAGAGGGAAGGUUGUCGCGAUGACAGACAGAAAAAUUAAUAGUAACCGGUGUUCUAACGUAAUAACAUGACUACACUUGAUUAAUCAUGCAAAAGGUAAGAAGAUCAUCGUCAAUUUUUAUCAAAAUGGAAAAUUUCGAGAGGUCGAUGUGCUAUUUUAGCUGUUUUUGUUGUUGAUAGAUAAAAAAUCGAGAUCAGACAAGGUCAAAAACUGUUUGUGAGCCACUUACAAACAAAUGCUCCUUUGAGUGGGUGGGCAUUCUUUAUCGUGGUAUUUUUCAAAUAUCAUUUGUUUUCAGAGCAAUGAUUCUUUAACAACAUUAGUUUGCAUUUUAUUAGAGUUUAUUUGUAUGUUAAAAUGACCUUAGGUGAAAAUUAUUUUAAAUUUAUUAGAUUGUUAAAUGUUUUUACCUUUUUAAGGAUUAAAGUAAUCUUACUGGAACAAUUUAAAAACAAAAAAACUAUUCUUACAACAUUUUGGGUUAAAUGACUUUUAUCAGUUGCUUGUGAAAUUAAUUUUUCUUUGUUUAAACUUUUCAUCACAAAUUGCUCUACAAUGAGAAGUCCAAACAUGAAGGAAAUUAAAUAUUAAUCAGGGAUAAAAUUGAAUCACAACCAAUUUUACCAAAGAUACAUCAUUUUUUUCUAAACUGGAUUCUUUAUUUUUACCCAUUAUUCUUAAAAUCUGCUGAAGGAGGUAUGUAACAACAGAUAAUUUAGCUUGCUAGCUAUUUGGGGUUUGUGAUAUCUAACAUGUAACAGACUUGUAAUAAGGUUUGGUCUUCAGAGUAACAAGUGUAUCAUGUUUCAUUACCAGGAAACUUUGGUCUUUCUGUAGUUGCUUCACUAUAUAAUAUUAAAGUUAAUGAUUAAAAACAAUAUUUAUUUUUUAUCAUGUUUACAAUUUUGAUUACUGUAAAUAUAUAAUAAUGAUAAUGACAACAUUAGUAUGAUUAUAUCUAUGUCUAUUGUUUUACUAGGUUGAUAACAGUAGAUAAAAUACAGUUUAACUUUUUUGCUCUUCAGUCUAAAUCAGUGACCUCCUGUGAAUUAACAUUUGGAAUAUGUUUCCUUUUUGUAGCGACUUAUGGCAGGUGAUGAAGCAGCCAAUAAAGCCAUCCUUAAGGAAAUAACAAUCCUUGUAUCCUUUUUCUACAGUAGAUGUUAUUGGUUUACAUUCUUCAGCGUAAGGAAUUUUUUAGCAAAGGACAUUAAGUUGAUUCAAACUCAGUUGUUCCUGUGAAAACAUAUGAGGGUAUGUUUCUGUUUUGAUGGGUAUGCAUUCAUCUGUGUACUUUGUUACAGCAUAAGGAAUCAACAAUCUGUAAGCAAAGUAUCUUAUAUGUAUUAGCUCUGGUUUGUAACAAGCAUGAAGUAGCCAGGAGUGUCUGUACAGGGAGUGCCAUCUUAACUCCUUAACUAUUUAAAGAAACGUCUCAGAGGACAUCCAAACAUAGUGCAGUUUUAUUCUGCAGCAUCUUUGAGUGAAAAGGAAACUGAACAUGGAAUGUCUGAAUUUCUUAUCCUAACUGAACUUUGCAGUGGUAAAUAUUAUUUUUGCCUACUUCAGAAUAAUUAAGAUUCCACUUUAUUUUGAGUAUUUACAAUUGUUGAUAGGAUUCAAACAAUAUCUGCUUGUGUUAACCCUUUAAUUCCCAAGAUCAAGUUGUUAAUUCUCCCCUCUAGCUACAACACAUUUCUCUGUAAAUAUGUUACAAGAAUUUGGUAUUACAACUUCUAUCUGAUGGGUUUGAGUAUUCUCAUUACCUGUCUGCUGAAUAGGGUACAGAUAUUAUAGGGAGAAGUUACAUGUUAAUCACUGUUGGGGAUUAAAGGGUUAAAAGGAUUUUUCAAAAACUACUUCUCCUUUUCAACAGGAGGAGAGCUGGUUAAGCUGCUACAGGAAAGGUAUGGACAGCCAUAUCCACCGAACCAGGUUUUGAAGAUGUUCUAUCAAAUCUGCCGAGCAGUUGCUUACAUGCACAAACAGACUCCACCAGUUAUACACAGAGACUUGAAGGUGAGCAUGGCAUUUGGAAAGCAGGGAUGGUACUGUAGUGAAAAAACUCACCUCCCACUGCUGGGCCCAGUUUUGAUUUCCAGCGUGGUACUACAAGUGGGUUGAGUUUGUUUUUGGUUCUGAUCUUUACAUGGAGAGUUUUUCUUCAGGUCUUUUUGCUUUUCCUCCCUCACUAAUGGCCAACACUCCAAAUUCUAGAUUAAAUUUGAAAAACAGUGGAAAAAGAGCCAACCCAUGGAGGUGCCUCUGCCUAAUUCUAAUUUAUUUAUUAUUUACUGUAUUUGAUAUUUGAUAAUUUUUACUUUGUUUGUGAACAUUAAAUCAUUUGGCUCUUAUUUUUCCUAAGUUAGAUAAUGCAAUUCUUUGGAUUAAAAAAUUAACCUAUGGGAUUAGCUAUUAAUAGCCAUACUGUGGAUACUGAUUCACAUAUAUGGUGUUUAUUAGUUUUCAAAUCUAUUUGGUUUCUAUUUCCUUUGUUUAAUGUUAUGAUGAUAAAUAUAAUUGUCAUGUUAAUCAAGAAGACCUAGCAUUUCUGAAUUUUGUUUGUUUGUUUUUUUCAUUAAUUUAUAUUUUAUUAUGAUUUUCUGCAUGCAUGAAAUUUUGUUCACUUUUAAAUUGAGCCUUUGAGUUUUUUUAGGUUGAAAAUCUUCUCAUUGGUGCAAAAGGCCAAAUCAAACUUUGUGAUUUUGGUAGCUCAACUACUCAGCAACAAAUACCUGAUGAGUCUUGGACAGCACUCCAGCGUAGUCUUGUUGAAGAUGAGGUAAUUCAAAUUUGCUAGUAUUCAAUUAAGAGUGAAGAUUUGUGUUAUGUUUAGUUGGAUGAUGAUAGUGCCUGUUGAUGUCAAGAUCUUUGAAGCCCUUAGGAGAAAUCAGAAUAAAAUUUAAUCUUGUGAUAACCUCCAUUUUGCUUUUAUACACUAUUUAUCAGCUCCAACGGAACACAACCCCCAUGUACCGUGCACCAGAAAUGAUUGACUUGUACAGUAAUAUGCCAAUCACUGAAAAAGUUGACAUUUGGGUAAGUAUCAAACUUCCACUUAUAUCAUAGCAGAGCUUGCAUAGCCCCAUAAUUAUACAAAAAAAUAGUAGCCCAUCAAGCCGAAAAAGUUUGGAUGUACAACCAUACAAGGUGCUACUUUUAACAUGCAUGGUCAACUGUGCCAUGGGCACACCAACGCCACAGCUUUGUCCAGUAGUCCAGUGGUCAGUGCACUAUACUCCAAGUUGGACGACCCGAGUUCUAGUCCUGGCCGGGGCAAGGCGUUGUGCCCUUGAGACAUGCGGGAAAAAAAAAAAUGCGAGCUCCGCUUUUAGGCUUGGCUAAAUCUAUAUAUUAGUCUUUAUAUAAGAUUACUCUAAUGUUUAAGGGCGGUACCAUUGGUUGCCAUUUGGUAUAUGGCUAAAUGAUUGUGUUGUACAUCUGGACUUAGCUAUUUUAGGAAUCAAACACAUUUAUGUAAUAUUGAAUUGCAAUUGUCAAAUAUUUUGGUAACUUCUCUAUUGAUUGUUUGUAUAUGAUGUUUAUGUUUUGUAGGCCCUUGGGUGUACUUUGUUCUUCUUGUGUUUUAUGGAACACCCAUUUGAAGACUCAGCCAAGCUGAGAAUACUGAAUGCAAAAUACACCAUCCCAGAGAAUGACACUAAAUACACAGUAUUCCAUGACCUUAUCAGUGAGUGAUAUUUUACUGUUAUGUUUAAUUACUUCUAGGUGCAUGUAUGGAUUUGAUCAUGAAUAAUUUAACUGUUUAACUUCCAAGAUGUGAUUGUUGAUACCUUAGGGUUAACCUCCAAACUUCCUUUUCUAGAAGUACCUUUUUUUCUUAGUUUUUCUUUAACCUGUAUAUAUAGUUUGCUUCUAGAAUAAAUAAAGUAUGUAUGUAUGUACCAUCCCCCUAGCUGCUACACAUUUCCAUAUAAAUUAGUUUUGAGAGUUUGGUGUUAGAGCCAGAUAACAACUGCCACCUGAUAAGUUUGAGUAUUCCUAUUACCUGUUUGCUGGAUAAUGUAUGGAUAUUUCUAAAUAGAGGUUACAUGUUAAUCACCUCUGGAAGUGUAAGGGUUAAAAAAAUUGUCUGUUUACUGUAUUGUUCUUCCAGAAUUGAAACCACAUAUCAGUUACCAUUUAAUUUAGUAAAAGCUAGUAACAGAAAGAUUAUUUAAUGUGUAGGAUACAUGCUUCAAGUGAACCCAGCUGACAGACCAGAUAUAAAGGAAGUUCUUACAGGUCUUGAAGCCAUUGCAAUAGCCAUGGAUGUUGAUCUUAAGGGUAAAGUGGUAAGUACACAAUUCUCUUUAUUCCUCAUGGACCAAAGUGACUUUCACUACAGCCCUCUAGCAGUUUCUCCUUUGUGUUGUCUUGUUAACCUGUUCCCAUGACUUUUUUAUAAUAAGCUGAAUGAUUCAUGCCUUUUUAUUGUUUCCUACUUAUGAUCUGUUAGAAGACAGACCCAUAGUUGACAUCACCAUUGACAACAUUUUAUUUUUUAUCCUGUAAAGCAAAACAGAUUCCAUGUUGCCAUGGGUCUGUAUAGUAAUAGAUUACAGAAAAGCGUCAAAAUGUGGUAAGAACAUCGAUGACACACUCAGCUGUACCUUGUGUGUAACUCUUUUGUUCUUACCACACUCUGAUGUCAUCUGUGAUCUAUCACUGUACCUUCACACAGCAUCAUGGAAUCUAUUUGGGAAAUAGACCAUACCCUAGAGAUCAUGUUUUUUUUUGUACCUCUUGUUGAUUCUUGUUAAUUUCUGUGCAAUUUAAAUUGAUUAUUUUAAAUUGAAUUUGGAAAAAGGUAGCUUCUGUUUUAAAAUUUUUGCCUCUAUUGCAAUUUUAGAGAGAUGAUCUCCCACAGUCUUCUGGAGAACAAUCAUCUCAAGGUGAGCUUACACACCUGCUAUGAUUUCAACCUUGCAUAUCCACAUAGGACACCUCUUCCAAGCAAUAAAAUGCUUCUUUCAAUACCCUGUAGGAUUGUUGUGAUUCAUGUAACCUGUAUUGGUCAUUAAAUUUUGUUAAGGACAUUUACUAAAGGUAGAUCCACUCCCUUGUUGUAAAAAUGUAAACCAUUGAGUUACACCACUUUUUCGGAGGUUUCCAAUACUUAAAUGUAAGAUUAUUAAACGACCUUAACCCUUAAACUUCUAGAAGUGAUUAAUAUAUAACUUCUCUCAAUGAUAUCCAUACAUCAUACAGCAAAUAGGUAACAAGAAUACUCACACCUAAAAUAUACUAAUAUUCAAACCUAUCAGGUAGAAGUUGUCAUCUAGUUUUAACUUCAAAUUUUCGUAAUUACUUCAGAAGGAAAUGUGUGGUAGCAAGAGGAGAGAAUUAUUGAUCAGAUCUUAGGAGAUAAAGGGUUAAGUGCCAAUUGUUUAUUAGCAAACAAAGGUGUCUGUUGAAUUGUGUGUUCAUCGUAAAUCUUCUGUCUGUUAUAGUUGGUGCAAGUGGCCCACCUGUGUCACCAUCUCCAUCAUCAGGAAAUUCUGCAAUACUUGGUGGAGUAGUCAAAGGGGCCAACAGUUUUUUCAGUAACAUAAAGGAUAUGUCCAACAAGGUUAUGCAAUCUGUGGCAGGGUAAGAAAUCAUUUGAUGUAUGCUGCAUUUAAUCAAGUUGUUGCUCAUUCAUUGUUUCCCUGGUCACUUUAGUGCAAUGAAAGGGUUAGCUUGGACUUUGGUAGAUAUUUAUUUCCAAUCAUACUUAAAAGUUAUAAAUGUAAACUUCACUUGAAAUGCUGUUGUUACUUUUAAACUCAAACUAAUUCUCAAAUCUUUGCCUCUCAUUAGAUAUGUCAAGAAUGAUAUUGACUUGUCGUACAUUACAUCUCGAAUCAUGGGUAGGUACAUUCCAGAGAAUCUCCAUCCUGUCUCUAGAAAAUUUUUUUCCUCAAAAUUUGUUAUAACAUUUUGUGUUAGCUAAUUUACUUUUCAUUGUUUGUGUCUUUGCAGUAAUGUCUUUCCCAGCAGAUGGGAUUGAGUCAACUUACAAAAACAAUAUAGAUGAUGUGAGAGAUUUCCUUGAUGCAAAAUACCCAGAUAAUUACUUGAUCAUCAAUGUAUCACCCAGAACAUACAGAACAGAGAAGCUUGGAGAUAGGGUAUGUUUGAUUUGAUUAAAAACUGUUGAUUUGGUGGCUAAAUUGAAGGGUCGUUGAAGUUGAUACUGCUAUAUUUACAUUCUUCUUAAUCUUUUUUUUCUAGUUAUAUUGCAGAAAAUGUAUCCCACAUAUCUCUUUUUUAUGUUACUACCCUUUGCAAUCUAUAAUUACCACUACGUAAAGUUCUAAAUUUGAAUUAUUUUUCACAUGUACCUUGCUACUAUUCAUUUAUCUUGGAUAAAUAAAAUAUCAGAAUUGACUGAUUUGCCUCUUGCUGCUUAGUUCAGUUGGUUGGGCAUUGUAGUGGUGUGAUGAAAGUCACAUGUUAAAAUCCCAAAGUUCAAAUUGUUUUCAACUCCUGCCAACACACAUUGUCUCUAUAGCACUCCUAUUGUCUCUAUAGCACUCCUUAGGGGGCUUUCCAACAUCUAUUUUGUAUAAGAAACUUUGCCAUCUUUGGAAUUGAUAAUUAAUUUGAAAUUAACAGCUACUUCUACAACUAUUUUUUCUUACAGAUUAUGUAACCUUAUUUCUAGAGUGUGAUUUACUUAAUUAAAAGGUUGUAGCAUUGAUGGCUAUUUUAACUGUGAUCACAGGUGAUAAACUGCUGCUUAGUGGGUCACAGGCUGCCUCCUUUAGAGAAGCUGCUAUCCUUGUGUAGGAAAAUCAAUUCUUGGUUAAGGACUGACAGGAAGCAUGUUGUAGUCAUUCACUGUCAGGUACACAAUCUUGAAGAUUUUUUGUUUAAUUAACUAUGGUUGAGAAGUAAGGUUUUUUUCAGAGUCUUAAACUACAGUGUUUGUACAGUGUUAGUGCAGCAUAUAUGACUAAUGUGAUACUUUUGGUUUAUCACUUAAGCUAUUUUAAAGGUUAUUAUAUGAAUAUGUGAUUGUAGUAGGAGAGGAAGGAGUCCAAUUUAAUCAGUAAUCAUACAAUUUGUUAAUUACUAGUCUGAAUACAGACAGAUGUGGGAGACUUCAAGUUUUGUUACCAAGUAAUCAAAACUAUGACAAAAUUUGAGAAAGGUUCCCACAACAGACAACUGUUUAAGUGGCAAAAUGCACUACAACAGCAAACAUUCAUAUUGUGUACUGUACAGUUACACAGGCAUGGUGCAUACACUGUCCAAUUACAAGCAUGAUGCAUACAUUGUCCUUUUAGCCCUCAAAUCAGAUUGAUGAUAACCAAUUACAGUUGAGAACUUUGAUAUUAACAGUUUUGAUUAGUAAUCAUAGUAAUGUUCUGAAGAUUCAAAUAGCUACAGUGACAGACUCUUUAAAACACCUCUUCAUGCUUCAGCUUCAUGUUGAGAGCCACCUAUUCAUUUUAAUGAUCUUCUUUUCAUUUAAAAUUUCUUUGGCAAGUGUUUGAUGUAUGUACUUCCCCAAGUGUGUGCUAAGUUACAUAAUGAAUAAUGUUAAACCCAAUAUUUACCUCUCAUCAUUCAGGAUGGUAAAGAAGCAUCAAGUGUUAUUGUUGCUGCUUUUUUUGUCUUCUGUAAAUUAUUCAAAAAUCCAAAUGGAGCUGCAGACAUGUUCAGUAUUCGCCGCUGUGGUAUUGGACACAAAGUUUCACUCACUGCUUCACAGGAGCGGUAGGUGUUAAUUUCUGUAAUCAAGAAACUGUGUACUUUUUUUUACCAGUACACAUAUGAUUGACCUUAAAUUACUGUAUUUGUAGUGCAUUAAUAAUUUUUUUUUUUCAACUCUUUAGCUAUUUACUGUACAUCACACAACUGAUCAAUAACCAAGAAUUGAAACCUCACAAGUAUUCAGUGUACAUCAAGUCUGUAACAAUGUAUCCAGUUCCAGCCUUCAACAAAGCCAGGUAAAGACUUUCACACAAGCCAAGCUUAAGACUGAUGCUGCCAUUUUAAAUAUGUCUCUCAUUCUUCUGACUCAUCUUCUUUUACAGCAGUUCUGUUGCCCCUAUAAUUUUUUGAGUUUGGCUCAUUGUGAUUUUAGAACAGGAACCUAAAAUGUUCUCAUCCUUUGUUAGGAAUGGUUGCCGUCCAUUUAUUGAGGUUUACAAUGGAGAACAGAGAAUCCUUACCACAGUAAAAGAGAUUGAAAAAAUGAGGUAGAGAGUUUGCAAUUGAAAAAUGUAAUUUAGGGUUUGACAUAAAUUGAAUACGGCUUACUAACCAAGUUGGAGGUCCAUACUGUGAGAUAUAGACCAUGUAGAAAAAAGUAGAUUCUGUAACUUACAGUACAGACUAGGAAAAUAGGUUGAUAAAUAUUUAUUACAUCUCUAGUCUCAAAUUGAGGGGCAAAAUUUCAAUUCAAACAAGCCAUUGAAUGUAGCAGGCUGUACAGUGAAAUAUGGCUAGAUUAAUUCACCAAUCAAUAGCACACAUGCUACAUUUGUAACAGAGAGAUAUUUUAGAAGAAUUAAUUUCCAAGUUCAAAUCAUUUAUACUUUUUUUUUUUUUUUAAUUCAGGGAGUAUGAUCUAGGGGAUGGAAAAGUAUCAUUUCCCGUGAACCUCACUUUACAAGGUGAUGUAACAGUUGUAGUAUACCAUGGCCGAUCUACACUUGGAGGAAAGGUUCAAGGAAAAAUGACUUCCAUGAGAGUCUUUAUGCUUCAAUUCCACACUGGAUUUAUCAAGACUUCUGCACAUAAACUUAAGUACUCACGGUAUGCAUACAGUAAAUAACUUUCCACCCUUUUUUUUUUCUUUUAUGUGAUGUUUUCUUGUUUUCUAAUUAUUUUGGUAAUUUAACCCUUCACUGGCUGAUAUCAGUAUACAUAUCCUCCAUGCUCUUCUCUGUACAUUUCCUUCGGUACUGACAAGGAGAAUUUGUUUUACAAUCAGUGCUUCAUAGGUUGGCAAUCAUUUCAUGUAUUUUUGUGAUGUUUAUGAAUGAUUGAACUGUAGUAGUACUGUAAGAGGAAAUUAGCUGCUGGUUGCUUUUAGGGCCUAACAGGUUUAUGGACCAGCUUGAUAACAAUAUUUCUCUUUUUUAUCAACUUACACAGAGAUGAGGUGGACAUCAACAAGGAUGAUGAAAGCAAGUUUACUUCACGUUUUACUGUUACACUUGACAUCACUGUUGAUGCAGAGGAAGCAAGCAGUUUGCCAACUCACACAUGGGACACACUCAAAACUGAGAAACUCUUCCCUCAAGUUUGUUUCUCUACAAAGGAAGAAUAUCUAGAAUGUCAGGAAGAAUUUGGUUAGUAGCAACCCCGACCUUAUCCUGUUUUGGCAAUCCCCAGCUAUCUUGAAACUUCUUUGUCCCUUCCUCUCUCAUUGAAUUUCAUGGCAAAGUCUUACAACAAUGCAAAGCUCAGUUGAAAGCAAAGAGCAACAAUAAUGUGGGGCAGACUAGCAGUUGUAUAAUAUUUCCACAGUCCUUUACAAGGAUGAGACUUUCUCUGUCAGUGUCAUUCUCAAUAAUAGGUGAAUACCUUUUUCUAACCAUUCCUUAUAGCUUAUUAUUACCUGGUUUGCUUGUUCACAGUAAACGCAGAUGAUCGCGAAUCAAACAUGGUUUUCAGUUCAAAAUCAAAUGAAAUAGAAGAGGAUGAUGACAAUGAGGAACUCCAAGUUCCUUCUGAUGAUGGUAAUGAUGGUGCAACAGGCAGUAAGCCAAACAAAAACUUCCUUUCAUCGAUUGACUGGAAUACUAAAGGUGCAGGAACCAACAGCAGUGAUGAUGAGUUUGAAAAUCUGCGUGACAAGGAUCACGACAAUACUUCUCAACAAGCACACAAGACUCAUAAUUUCUUCUCUGAAAGGGAAGGUGUUGGAAAUGACUUGGAUGAAAAUUUAGACUUGUUUAAUUUGAAAUCACCAUCAGGUGAUGAAUUCAAUACCAACUUGCUUAAUUUCAAGACUGCAGGUGAAACAAAUGGUCAUCUGUUUAAUUUGGAUGACGAUGAUUCAGAUUCUGAUGAUCCUUCUUACCAGGUAGAUUUGCUGAAUUUAGGCAGUGGUCAACAGAAUCAGGGAGUUUCUUCAAAGCCAACAUCUAACAUCUCAGUCGUGGAUGACAUGGGAGUUGAUCUGUUGAAUUUAUCACCAGCAGGAAGUAAGGAUAGUCAAAAUGUGGAUCUUGUCAGUGGAACAGAGAAGAGCCCUCAUCGAAAAAUGAAACGAAAUAAAAGUGCUGAUGAUGUUCUUAGUCCUGGACUGCACGAGGAUGAUGACUUCUUCAAUCAGAUGGGUAGUCGUAGCUCCAGCUCCAGCAGGGAAAAUGUAACUUCAUUCACUGUUGCUGGUGCAGAUUCUGCCACAUUUGAUCCCUUUCAGACUACAAGGACUAAAUCUCCUGAUCUGUCCUCAGGGGGUAAUGGGAGGGAGCCAGCAUCCUCAGACCUAUUUGAUCCAUUCAGCUCUAAAAGUCCAAGUUCAAAGCCUUCUGAUGAGUUUGAUCUUUUUGGUGCCAAGCCAGGUCAGGGCAGCAGCAGUACAGAAACAUUUCCACCCUUAAGCACAAAUAAUGGUGGAUCAAACCUGAAUUCAUUUGAUCCAUUUGGAAAGACCUCCACAGAGCAAGACCUCUUUGGAAUUGGUGGUUCUCAGGCUCCCACAACCACAGCUCAGGCUCAAACACAGAGCAAUACUGAUCUGUUUGGAGACUGGGGUGACUCAUCAUCAGAAACUCUUCAACCAUCUAAAGUUCCAUCACCAAUUCCUCAAAGAGCACCAACCAGCCCAGCACCACAGAACAAACCUACAGCAACACCAAAUGAUCCUUUCUCUGACUUUGGAAAUUUGACAUCAAAUUUACCAAAGUUUCCCUCUGUUCCAACAUUUAAAGCAGGUACAUCAACUUCACCCAAACCACAAAAGAAACCCGAGUCCUCCACUAGUGGCAAUCCCUCUUGGUCUCGUCCAGCCCAGCAACCAUCUUGGCAUUCUGGGGCUAAACCAAGUGGCCCAUCAAAGGUUCCACAAAAACCAAACUAUGCACCCUCCUACAGUAUGUCUGGUUCUUCUGGGGUAUUUGGAAACUAUGGACAAAAAUGGAGUGGUAAGAAUGUAUUUUUUCUAUUAAAUUACUCUAGUUUAAUCUCUAUAAUUAUGAGUGUAGACCCUUGUAAAUCUUUUCUCUAUCAUUUUAGAGGACACACCUCAACUCUGAUUGAAGGAGUAGUAUGAAAUGGAACCAAUUUGAUACCAAUGAUGUAUGAGAGUAUAAGGGUGAAAUAAACUUCACCCUUUCAGCCCUAGUAGUGACCAAACAAUCCUGACUCCUUGUUGUGUUGUUAAAUUUGUUUCAAAGCAUUCUUUAAUGAUUUCUUUUUCAGCACCCAAACCAGUUGGCCAAAAUGAGUUUAGUGACAUUCUAAAUGCACAAGGUUUUAAUCGCCCAACUGCACAAGGAGCACAAGGGGCACAAACUCUAAGCUCUCUUAAAAAGGAACAAAACAAACCUGAUGACCCUAUCAAGGCUAAGGUACUGUACUAUUAAGAACAUAAAUCAUUAAUUAAUUUAUCAAUUUUAUGACCACUGGUCAUCUUUGCAACCAUUCUUUACCUUGAUGGUUGUUCACCAGACUGACUUGACAUGCAGCAUCCACUUAGAAAAAUUUUUUUUUUUUUUUUUUUUUUUUCAAGGUUGAGGAGUGGUCUGAAGGUAAAAGAGGCAAUAUUCGGGCCUUAUUAUGCUCACUCCACCUUAUACUGUGGGAAGGAGAAGACAGAUGGAAACCAUGUGGCAUGCACAAUCUUGUUCAACCUGAACAGGUAAUAUAUAAUCACCACAAAUAGUUUAUUAUGAUUAUGCUAUGAAUACAAGCAUCACUCUCAGAUUUACUAGACUUGGGAUUUAUUUAUUGAAAUUUGUGUUUAGUAAUUUAAUGAGCUUUAUGUUCUAACUCAUUGGUUGGUCUUGUAAUAAAAACUACAGAGAAAUUGAAACCUUUUCUCCCAAGAUAUUAUUGGUAAUUCUCCUUACUGUCUACUAUUUAAUCGUUGUGAUGUAAAUUCUGAGGAUUUGGUAUUGGAUCAUUUAAUAAUCCCAUAAUUGAUAUUUUUGUUUAUUCUCAUCCCUUUUCUGCUUGCUAUUAUAAUAAAAAUUGUAAUUAGAAAUUCCAUCUUGGUCAGUCAUGGGAGUUAAAGUGUUGAAGUGUUUCUCCGUGAUGAGUCUUCAGAAUGUUCUUAUUUUAAAUGCAUUGACAAACAGAUCAAUUCUUUAUUGUAGGUGAAAAAAUGGUAUAGAAAAGCUGUACUAUCAGUACAUCCUGACAAGGUGGGUACAUCUUUCCUUGAAAAAUCCAUAAAUUCUCCAAAAUUAAUUUCUUUACAUUUCAGUCUACAGUCAUUCAGAGAAUUUGUGGUAUCAUCACAACAUAGUUUUGAAAACAUAAAUUCUUGUUUGUUUGUUUGAAAUGAAUUACCUGAAUAUGUUGGCAGGAAACUAACAAGGUUAACUGCUGUUAUGGAAGUCAAUUUGUCAAAGGUUAUUUUACCAGCAGAUCAAAUUAUGAUUUAUUUUAUGUGAACUGUUAACUGUGUCACCUUUACAUAUACUAAUGUACUAUUAAUGUGAUCAGAUGCCUGGCUUUCUAUCCCAGUUAGUAUGUGGGAGGCACUGUCCAAUUUAAAUUAAAGCCUUAAUUUUUCCAGACUUCUUGACCCUAAUUAAAUAGUAGUUAACCUUUAAAAUUUGCUAGUCUCCUAUAUACUGGUCAAGUCAGAUUUAUGUGAUAUGUACAGGACAGAAAUCUGUUCAUCAACACUGAUUCCUUAUUUUACUUUUUAGCUGACUGGCAGCCCAGAAGAGCCACUAGCACGUGCAAUUUUUAUGGAAUUAAAUGAUGCAUGGGCAAUAUUUGAAAAGGAGGGAUCAAAACCAUUAUUUUAAAGGGAAAUGUUAAAACACAUGUUGUAUUAGUCAAGUGGCAAGAGUCUUAAAAUCAAUAGAAAGAGACACAGCUGAACCAGUCUCUGCUGGUGGGGUCAUAGAUAAUUAAGAGAUACAGUUAGUAUCAUUUGUAAAUGUGCUAUGAUUUGUCAAUUUAGUGGGUAGACAUUUUACUGUACAGUCUGACAAAUUCAAGAGUUGGUUUGAACUGAAAUCUUCCCUCAUCUGUUUGAACUCCUAGAAAAAAAAUCUUGCUUAUCUUGUUUUCUCUGACUGUACUUAAAUUUACAUAACUACAAUAGGACCUCAAACUCAUUUAGUAAGAAGUAUGUAUAUUAAACGGCUAAGAAUAUAUGGAAGUCAUAUAUUUGACCUUAAAGACAUGGAUGAAAGUGAUCCUCGCAGUAAUGUACACUACUUGAGCAGUAGUGAAAAUAAGGCCUGAAAAAAAAUUCAGGCCUGUACUGCACUGGUAUCACAGAAGUCAUGGGUUCAUAUCCCGUACAGGCCUGAAUUUCUUUCAGCCCUUAUUUUCACUACCACUCAAGUAGUGUACAUUACUGCAAGGAUCACUUUUAUUCAAGUAUGUAUAUUGUUGGGAAAACACACGCUUAUUUGUAGAUGCUACAAGUUGAUGUACAUGUUUAUACAUUAUUUCUUGAGAGAACUACUGAGAAUCACAAAUCGUUUAUCACAAUCUUACUUCAUAUCAAAUUCUUCCCCUCCCCUCCCUCCCUAUCCCUGAUAUCCUUUGGACAAAAAGUAUCAAUGUUAUUGUCAAAGAUAAUGCCAAUAAUGACUUUAAUUUAGAACAACUACCUUGAUUCAUGUUGUUUUUUCUUUAAGGUAUUAAGUUAUCUUUCCCAGUGAGGGGUGUAAGGAGUAUUAUUUUUCAUGAAAAAAAGGAAGCAGAACAAUUCUGGUAUUUGUGGUCAAAUAAUAUAGAGUUGACUGAGGGGUAUUAUUUUUAAUUAUUACAAGAUAAGAAAGAAUCAAAACUUCUUAGGAUGCAAAUUUGUUUCAUCCAAGAGACUCACAUAGAAGUAGUGAUGUGUGAAAUAAUGUCUAGUGGAUAUUAAUCUUUUAAAAAAAAAGUCCUUGCCAUCAAUAGUAACUAAUGAGGAAUUAAAAAUUACUUGCAGUAGCUUGGUGAACAUGUCAUAACUCACUGUUUUUAAGAAUAGCUCAUCUACUCCAGACAUCUUGUUUCGAGGGGAUAACCUGGUCAAAAUGAUUGAUGAGAGUUGUGUCUCAUUCAAAGUCGACAGUGUGGAAAAACUUUGUUUUUAGAUUGUCACUUGCUAUGGUGCAUUGGUCAAUUUUUAAUGAAGGGUGGGUACAAGCCACUAAAUUAGAUGAAGCUUCCCAGUAAUAGUGUGUGCUGGAUGUAUUAGCCCUCAGUUCAUGGGAAUUACCUAGUAAUAGUUAUCAAAACAAAGUUUAUGCUAAGGGUAGUGCUAA